AUGGACUUGCUGUCUGGAACCUACCUCUUGGCAGUCUUGUUGGCCUGCAUCGUGUUCCAAUCUGGCGCACAGGAGAAGAAUUACACCGUGCGGGAAGAACUGCCUGAAAAUGUGCUCAUUGGCAACCUGCUCAAGGAUCUCAACCUAACGCUGGACCCCGACGUGCCCCUGUCCUCCCCGCUGCAGUUCAAGCUCGUGUACAAGACUGGGGAUGUGCCCCUGGUGAGGGUGGAGGAGAACACCGGGGAGAUCUUCACGGCUGCCAACCGCAUCGACCGCGAGAAGCUGUGCGCCGGCAUCCUCAGCGAGAACCGCUGCUUCUACGAGGUGGAGGUGGCUGUUCUGCCAGACGAGGUGUUCAGACUGGUCAAGAUCAGAUUCCUAAUCGAGGAUAUAAAUGACAACGCUCCCCUUUUCCCCUCGACAGUUAUUAACAUCUCUAUCCCUGAGAACACAGCCAUUAAUUCCCGCUACUCCGUCCCUUCUGCCAUCGACCCGGACAUCGGCGUCAACGGUAUCCAGCAUUAUGAGCUCCUCAAGCCCAAAACAGCUCCGAAAAGGACAUUUGGAUCCAUUACAAAUGACCAGGGUCAAAAUGUAUUUGGUCUUGACAUAACUGAGACACCUGAGGGAGAUAAGUGGCCUCAGCUGAUUGUCCAGCAGAUCCUGGAUAGGGAGCAGAAGGACACCUAUGUGAUGAAAAUCAAAGUUGAGGAUGGUGGGAGCCCCCCGAGGUCCAGUACUGCCAUCCUGCAGGUCACGGUGACCGAUGUCAACGACAACCGCCCGGUCUUCAAAGAGAACGACAUCGAGGUCAGCGUGCCCGAGAACGCCCCGGUGGGCACCUCUGUGUCUCAGCUCCACGCCACCGACGCAGACCUGGGCUCCAAUGCACAAAUCCACUUCUAUUUCAGCAACCAGAUCUCCAGCCUGGCCAAAAGGCUCUUUGCCAUCGAUAACACCACGGGCCUCAUCACCAUCAGGGAGCCGCUGGACAGGGAGGAAUCUCCCGUGCACAAAUUGACUGUUUUGGCAAGCGAUGGCAGCUCAACUCCGUCAAGAGCAACGGUGACAGUUAAUGUCACAGAUAUCAACGACAAUGUCCCGUCAAUAGACACGAGGUACAUCAUCAACCCGGUGAACGGGACAGUGCUUUUGUCUGAGAAGGCUCCCCUCAAUACAAAAAUUGCUUUGAUAACAGUGAUGGACAAGGACGCUGAUCAGAAUGGGAAAGUUACCUGUUUUACAGAUCACGAUGUCCCUUUCAGGCUAAAACCAGUGUUUGAUAACCAGUUUCUCCUGGAGACAGCCACAUUUCUAGACUAUGAAGCCACACGGGAAUAUGCCAUCAAAAUAGUGGCUUCAGAUUCAGGGAAGCCUCCCUUAAACCAGUCUGCAAUGCUCCUGAUCAAAAUUAAAGAUGAAAACGACAAUGCCCCAGUUUUCACACAGCCUAUCAUAGGCCUUUCCAUCCCUGAGAACAACGCUCCUGGUACUCAGCUCACCAAGAUCAGCGCUACAGACGCUGACAGUGGGCGGAAUGCCGAGAUCAGCUACAUCCUGGGUUCCGACGCACCCCCGAUUUUCAACCUGGACCGCCGUACGGGCAUCCUGACCGCCGUGAGAAAGCUGGACAGAGAAAAGCAGGACAGGUACUCUUUCACUGUGCUGGCUAAGGAUAAUGGGAUGCCACCUUUGCAGACCAAUGCUACCGUGACAGUGUCGGUGCUGGACCAGAAUGAUAACAGCCCCGCUUUCACACAUAGUGAAUAUAAUUUCUAUGUGCCAGAAAACCUGCCCAUGUAUGGCACAGUGGGGCUCAUCACAGUUACGGACGCUGACGCGGGAGACAACGCUGCGGUCACUCUCUCUAUCUUAAAUGGUAGAGAUAAUUUCAUUAUAGAUCCACUCACUGGUGUAAUAAGACCUAAUAUUACCUUUGAUAGGGAGCAGCAGGGGUCAUACACUUUCCAGGUGAAAGCAGUGGAUGGAGGAAGACUGCAGCGUUCCUCAACUGCCAAAGUGACCAUCAAUGUUGUUGAUGUAAAUGAUAACAGGCCAGUUUUUGUUAUUCCCUCGUCUAAUUAUUCCUAUGAGCUGGUCCCAACGUCUGCCAGCCCCGGGUCUGUGGUCACUAAAGUCUUUGCAGUUGACAAUGACACGGGAAUGAACGCAGAGCUCCGCUAUAGCAUCAUAGGUGGGAACUCCAGGGGCUUGUUUACCAUUGACCAAUUAACAGGCAAUAUUACUUUGAAGGAGAAGGUGAUUACAUCGGAUCAUGGCUUGCACAGACUGGUGAUCAAGGUGAAUGACCUGGGACAGCCGGAGUCUCUUUACACGAUAGCCCUUGUGCACUUGUUUGUGAACGAGACGGUCACCAACGGCUCCUACGUGCAAGAACUGGUGCGUAGGAACAUGGAAACCCCCGUUGGCCAGAACAUUGGGGAUGGUGAGAUAACCCCACAGACCAAUGAUUAUGUCAAGAUCAUCAUUGCCAUCAUUGCAGGCACCAUGACAGUUAUUCUGGUAAUUUUUGUUACCGCUUUAGUCCGGUGCCGCCAGACACCCAGGCACAAGGUUGUCCAAAAAAACAAGCAGAGUGGUGAAUGGGUUUCCCCCAACCAAGAGAAUAGGCAGAUCAAGAAAAAGAAGAAGAAGAAGAAGCGCUCUCCAAAGAGUCUCCUCCUCAACUUUGUGACUAUUGAAGAGUCUAAGCCUGAUGAUCCUGGCCACGAGCACAUAAAUGGCACUUUAGACAUUCCUGUAGAGCUAGAAGAACAGACUAUGGGAAAAUAUAACUGGGCCACCACACCAACCACAUUUAAACCUGACAGCCCAGACUUAGCAAAGCACUACAAGUCUGCUUCUCCGCAGCCUACCUUUCAAAUUAAACCUGAGACUCCUGUACCCCCCAAGAAGCACCAUGUCAUUCAGGAAUUGCCUCUAGAUAACACCUUUGUGGUGGGCUGUGACUCACUUUCCAAGUGCUCAUCCAGCAGCUCAGACCCUUACAGUGUUUCUGAAUGCAGCUGUCAAGGAGGCUUCAAGACCCCAGGCCCCAUACACACCAGACAGCACACAAAAGAAGUGGGAAGGCCACAAACCCCUUUGAAAGAAACAACCUUGGAGCCCUGGACUCAGCCACAGCCCCAGCGCCGUGUCACCUUCCACCUGCCAGAUGGCUCCCAGGAAAGCUGCAGUGACAGCGGGCUCGGAGACCACGAGCCCACGAGCGGGGCCAGCGCGUCCCACCCGCUGCCCCUGGGCUUCCCCCAGGACGAGUUCUACGAGCAGGCGUCCCCCAACAGCCGCACGGAGGGAGACGGCAACUCCGACCCCGAGUCCACUAUCGAAGUGAACCUGCAGAAAGCUCUGGCCGAAGCCUCUGAGAACUGCACGCAGGAGUGCCUCAUCCUCGGCCACUCCGACAACUGCUGGAUGCCGCCGGCCCUGACGCAGUUCCAGCAGCCCAACCCCUCCUUGCCAUCCUUCGGCUUCCAGCAAGGCUGGGGCCGAGGAGCCAGACCCGAGGGACGUCACACCCUUGGGAGGCCCCUGCCAAAGGACGACAGUGACAAGGGCCAGGGAGGGCCCAGGCCCCAGUUCUACAACACCUGCGAAAGACAUUGCGCCAGCGAGGAUCCCGUCAAGGUCAUCCCGCUGGCAAACUUCGCCGCGUCCCACCCGGCGCCAGGGGCGGCCAGCAGCGCCACGUUUAUACACGAGCACCAGCUGUAA